AUGGGAGCCAAGCAGUCAAGGGCUUGCUGCAGGGACAAGGGCCCCAGGGGGAUGGUCCUGCUCCGCGGGAGGCAGCCCUUCUCCUCGUGGGACGACAGUCUGCUCUCGGGAAAGGACCCCCGGGCUCUGCUGAAGCGGGGCAUGCGCCACGUCAGCUUCAGCCUGGUCACCAAGGGCAUGACGGACGUCCCCGACUUUCUGUGGAGCUUGUCUGAGGUCCAGAAGCUCAAUCUGUCUCACAACCAGCUCAGGGCUCUCCCGGCCGACGUGGGGAAGCUGAGCCGGCUGGUGGUCUUGAAUCUCUGCGGCAACCGCCUGAGGAGCCUGCCCCGGGAAAUCAGCCUCCUCAAGAGCCUCAAGGUCCUGUUCGUGAACAUGAACUGCCUGACCGAGCUGCCCGCCGAGCUGAGCGCUUGCAGAAGCCUGGAGGUCCUGAGCUUGUCCCACAACUGCCUCUCCCAGCUUCCCGCCAGCUUCGCCGACCUCUCCAGGCUGCGAAAGCUAAACCUGAGCAACAACUACUUCGCUCACAUCCCCGUCUGCGUGUUUGCGCUGAAGGAGCUGGAUUUCCUGCACGUGGGCUCUAAUCGCCUGGAAAACAUCGCCGAGAGCAUUCAGUGUCUGGCCAGUCUGCAGAUCUUCAUCGCCGAGAGCAACAACAUCCACUCCUUCCCGCGGUCGCUCUGCCUGCUCACCAGCCUGGAGCUGCUGAACUUGAACAACAAUGACAUCCAGACCCUCCCGGACGAGCUCUACCUGCUGUGGAGACUGGGGCGGAUUGCUUGGAAUCCCAUGGACAAAGGGCUCCACAUUUCCCAUAACCCGUUAUCCAAGCCUCUGCCGGAGCUGGUGGAGGGGGGCCUGGAGAUGCUCUUCAGUUACCUGAAGGACAAAAAGCACAACUGA